UAACUCUUCUGGAGGCUGCGGGUGGUCCACGGGCCACUCGCAAUGAACCUGAGCGCCGGGCCGGGGCGCAUGGCGGGCAAUGGAGGAGCUCCGUGAGAUCGACGUGGUGGAUCUGCAAAGCCGGAUCUCGGUGUGCCAUGUGGAGAUCCAGGCGUGGAGCCUGCAGGAGCGGCGCGCGGCGGAGAGCCUGGCGCUGGAGGCGGCGACUUUGGAGCGCCUGCAGAAGGCGCUGAGGGCCGAGGAGGCCGCCACGGCGGGAGCCGCAGAGGCGGCUGAGUCGCAGAGAGUUUUGGCCCUCCAAGUCACUCACCGCUCGGAGCAGGCGCGGCAGGGCCUGCGCCGGGCCCAAGGCGCCGGCGCGGAGCUGCGGGAGCAGCUGGACGCGCUGCGGCGCGCCGAGGAGGAUUGCGCCUGGUGCUCCAUCAAGGACCAGCAGCGGCUCCAGCUGGAGCUUCGCGAGGCCCGGGUGGAGCACUGGUGGAUUCAAAAGCGCUCGGAGGAUGCGGCCCGGGAGCUCUGCGGCCUGCGGGAAGAGCUUUUGGCGGCGGCUUCUCCCCUCGCAGGCGAGGCCUCGGAGCUGGAGGAGGGGAGCCUGUUGCGGAGGGAGCGGAACCUGGCCGAAGAGCUGCGCGCUUGUGAGCGGCAGCUGCAGGGCCUUGGCCGUGGCGAGCAGACGCCUCGCGCGGCCUUCGCGCAAGAGCGGCGGCACAGGCACUUGCUGGCUGAGCUUGAGGGGGAGGAGGACCGGCAGCUGCUGCGCAGCAAGUCUAGGGCCUUCGCUCGCGCGGCGGAGAAAACCGUCUACAGGGCUCGUAUUCAGAAUGUUCGCCGCUGCACGGCAGCAGAUGGGGGCUUGACCAUUGCUCAACAAUAUUUUGGGGUUUACAACCUGCCCGGAGAGGAGGACCUGUCCGACAGCGAGCUCAGCGAAGUGCGGGAGGAAGUGCUCAACCACCAGCACGAGUGGGACUCUUUGUUCUUCCCCAUAGACGCCUUGUGCGGUGGCGCCUCCGAGGAGGAGGAGGACGAGGAUGAGGAGGGCGAUGGCGACGUGGAGCCUUUGCUGGGGUCCUGGCUUUGCAUGGACACGUGGGGGCUGGAGGAGUUUCUGAAAGCCAACAACGUGAACCUGAUCCAACGGAAGCUGGCGCUCAGCGCCAAGUGGCCGAGCUGGGACUUCGAGAGGACGGCGGGCGGCCUGCGCUUUGUGAACCGCACAAUGCUGGGGGACCUGGUGGAGGAAGUAUGCUUUGACAGGGAGUAUGAGAACAGAGAUGGUCAGGGCAACCUUCUGAAAUGCCGUGCCGAAUGGCUUCCCCAGAAGAGGGGGGGCUGCCUGCGCACUAGCCGCAAGGGCGACAUUGGUUCCUGGGUGGAGGAGAGGUCGGUGUCCGACGACAAGUUGAGCUUCAAGCUCACGCACUCCAAUGGCGCCAAGUGGGGCCGGUCCUUUUUCGCGGAGAAUGUGGCGGGCCGCCCGGCGGCGGAGGUCCUGGCACUGUGGCAGUCCUUGCGGGAGGACCUGGACUUGCGCUGCGCCGGCACAGCCAUUCGGGAGAUCGCAAAGGGAGAUGGCGACAUCGAGCCCUUGCUGCAGCACAUCCUCAGUGCGGCUGAAUCGGAGGAGUGCAGCGAUAGCAUGAGGGGGGGCGGCCUGCCGCGGGUCCUGGCCGGCGCUGCCUGGGCCUUGGCCAAGACGCAGCAUGGCGGCGGGCCGGUGCUGCACCGUGCCGAAGCGGCGAGCCGGCGCCGGCUGGACGAAUUUGCGCCCAAGGACUUGGCCACUGCCGCGUGGGACUUCGCCCGGCCGAGCCGCCUCGGCGGCCAGGACGUUGCCAGCCUCGCCUGGGCCCUCGCCAAGACCAAGCCCUUGGAGCUGCCACUGCUGGCCUCUCCUUCGGAGGCGUUCCAGGCAGCACCGCCAGCAGAGCCGCCGAGCCCCGCCAACGUGGCGCCUCGGAGGUCAGACAAGAUCGUGGAUCUAAACGGGUCACACUGUGCUCAGGCCUGGGCCCUUGCCCAGCCACUGGCACCGGGCCGCCCGCUCUCCGUCGCGAUCUUGAACACGGGCGCUUUGGGCGAGCCUGAGGCGCAGCAGUUGGCCAGUCUGGCGCGGGGCACGGGGAAGCUGCUCUUCUCCGACCAGCGGCUGAUUGCAGCGAUCGUCCGCCAGGCGCCCUUCCACGAGCUUGACCCGCAGCAGCCCAGCAACAGGGCGCGGGCCUUGGCGCGGCUCUGGGCUGACGGCGGUUCGCUCUCCGGCGCCGCGGCGGCGGCGUUCGCGCGGGCGGCGCCGGCAGCGGGGCCCCAGGAGGUGUCCAACAGAGGUCGGGCCUCCGGGAGCAUCCUGCUUCGGCGCGAGCCGCUCUUCGCCGCACCCUCAAAGGCAGCCGUGGCGCUCUCGGAUGAGCUGGAUGCGCAGGGCUCGGCGAUGCUGGCAUGGGCGUUUGCUACCUGCCAGUCGCGGGAUGAGCCGCUGUUUGCAAUGAUCGGCGGGCACUUCGAGCGCUUGGAGGGCGAGCUGGGCGAAACGCAGCACCUUGCCAUCGCAGCCUGGUGUUUUGCCACCGCCGUUGUUCGUGGCCCGCUGCUUCUGCGAGCCGUGGCGCGCAGCGCGCCAAGGGCGACUGAGCUUGGCGCGCAGAGCCUUGCGAAUGUGGCGUUGGGGCGCGCCAGAAUGGCCCUCCGCGACGGGGCUCUGCUGCAGGCCGCGGCCGGUGCGGUGGUGGGGAAGAUCUCGGAGCGCCAGCCGCUGAACCUCUCCAACAUUGUCCGGGCGCAUGCCUCGCUCGCCUUGGAGGACCGGCCAAUGCUGGACGCGAUCGCCUCUGCAGAGCUGACUGGGCCUAGUGCACAGCAACCGGCCAACAGGCUGCAGGGCUCCGCAGUGCCGGGCCUGUUGGGGAAGCCGUGGGCGCAGUGCCACAGCCAGCAUGCCCUGCCUCUGCUGCCAGAGCACACGCCCCAGGGCCCCUGCAACACGGCGCGGGCCUCGGCCAAGUCGGCCGCCUGCGGCGAGGGGUUGCUAGGCGCCACUGGCCGGGAGGCGGCCACGCAGCUGCCGCGGCUUCAGCCCCAGAACUCUUCCAACUUGGCCCGGGCCCUCGCAGUGCCCGGCUCCCUGAGGGAGCCCUUCAUGCGCACCUCGUCCGCCGGCUUCCUGCCGAAGCUCGGGGAGUUUGACGCCCAGGCGCCGACGAACACCAUGCGGGGCUUCGGCAAAGCGUCGGAGGUCCCGCGGGAGGUGAUGGAUGGCAUGCUGGCACGGGCGCAGCAGCAGCUGGGGCAAUGGAAUCCGCAGCAUCCUUCCAGUUUUUCUUGGGCUUUGGCGGCUGCGACCCCCAGGUCCCGCAGCUUCUUGCAGGGCGUCGCUGAGCAGUUGGCCCUGAGAGUGGCCGAGCGCGGGCCCCAGGAUCCCAGCAACGGCGCGCGGAGCUUUGCCCGCUCGGGUGCCGUCCGCUACUGCAUGAUGGACGCGACCGCAGAGGAGGCAGCCAGACAGGCGCACCUCUUCACGGCGCAGAACUCGGCCAACGCGGCCCGGGCGUUCGGCGCGCUGCUGCCGAGCGGCAGCAGCCUGAAGCGGCUGGCCGCCGAGGCGGCCGCGAGGUGCUCGGAGUUCACGGCGCAGAACCUCGGCAAUGCCGCCUGGGCCCCUGCCGCCCCCGCGCACGAGGGUGCCGCCUUGUUUGGUGCCACCGCGGCUGCCUCGGCUGCUGUCGAGGUGUCCAGCAGCGAUUUGCAGGCGCUGUCCCUCUUGGCAGACCUUCCACUUGCUUGCCCUCAGCUGCGAGACCGUCUCGCUGCAACUGUGGAUGCCAUUUGGCACCACUUCCCCAGAGAGCUUUGGGACAUUGGCCCGGAUGAGGCGUUCCUUGAGUACAUUUGGUCACUGAACACUGACAACCUUGGCUGCACUGGGGAUCGCCAACUCCUUCACGAGAUGGGCGUAGAGGCUCUUGCCCCGAACAGCGGCUUUGAGGGGCGGGCGCUGGAGAUGAUUUCCGCCCACCGCUCCGAGAAUGCUUGGGAGGACCCAGCAGAGUUGACCUUCGGAGGCCCAGUGAGGAACCGCCGGGUCUUCAGCUAUGCAGAAUACCGCUUGGAGGCGCCGCAGGUGCUAGAGGGUGCUCUGCUGCAGGAGAACGGCGCCAGAGUGCUGAGCAACCAGAGAAGCCCGCUACACGCCGUACAGCUUCCGAUCAACUACCGCGUAGACAGGAGCGCGUGCAGCGAGUUCCUUUUACUCUCAGAGCUCUGCGGCAUGAUCGAGGCGAGCCGAGCCGCGCGAGCGAGCGGCACGUUGCGCUUGUACUCCACCGGCCCUUCAUGUUUGUCCUGCAUGCUGGCAAUUUGGCAGUUCUGCCUUCUAUUCCCAGCUGUGCGGGUGCAGGUUGCCUUUGGGCGCACGGCCUUGGCCCAGGAAUCUCACGGAGAAGGCCAUGUUGUUCGUGCCGGCGUCCCGGAGGACGACCCAGACUGGUGA